AUGGCGCUUAGGGGCGCCAGAGUGGAACUCGCCGGCCUGGCCCCGGUUCCCUUCUGCGGUAUGGUCCUGGCGGACUUCGGGGCGCAGGUGGUGCGUGCGGACCGACCCGGCACCCGCAGCGACUCCAGCAGGUUGGCCCGAGGCAAGCGCUCGCUGGUGGUGGACCUGAAGCGGCCGCGGGGAGUGGCGGUGCUGCGACGCCUGUGCGCCCGGGCGGACGUGAUGCUGGAGCCUUCCGCCCCGGGGGUGAUGGAAAAACUCCAGCUCGGUCCAGAGAUUCUCCAGAAGGAGAACCCGAGGCUAAUCUAUGCCAGAUUGAGUGGAUUCGGCCAGUCGGGAAGAUUCUCCAAGGUAGCCGGACAUGACAUCAACUAUUUGGCCUUGUCAGGGGUUUUAUCAAGAAGUGGCAGAAGUGGUGAGAAUCCAUAUGCCCCGUUGAAUCUCCUGGCUGAUUUUGGUGGUGGUGGCCUCAUGUGCACACUGGGCAUCAUUAUGGCGUUGUUUGAACGCACACGCUCUGGCAAAGGUCAGGUCAUCGAUGCAAGCAUGGUGGAAGGAACAGCAUAUCUAAGUUCUUUUCUGUGGAAAACUCAAGAAACAGGAUUGUGGGAACAGCCUCGUGGACAGAACAUGUUAGAUGGUGGAGCACAUUUCUACACAACCUACCGGACAGCGGACAGGGGGUUCAUGGCUGUCGGAGCAAUAGAGCCCCAGUUCUAUGAGCUGCUGAUCAAGGGACUUGGGCUAAAGUCUGAUGAACUUCCCAAUCAGAUGAGUAUAAAGGAUUGGCCAGAAAUGAAGAAAUUUGCAGAUAUCUUUGCAAAGAAGACAAAGGCAGAGUGGUGUCAGAUCUUUGAUGGCACAGAUGCAUGUGUGACUCCUGUGCUGACUUUUGAAGAGGUUGCCCAUCAUGGUCACAACAAAGAUCGGGGCUCGUUUAUUACUGAUACAGAGCAGCGUGUGAGUCCCCGCCCUGCUCCUUUGCUGUCCAACACCCCAGCUCUCCCUUCGACUGAAAGGGAUCCUUUUGUAGGAGAACACACCGAAGAGAUUCUUAAAGAACUUGGGUUCAGCCAGAAAGAGAUCAUUCAGCUUAAGUUAGAUAAUAUUAUUGAAAUUCAUAAACUUAGGGUUAAUCUCUAA